CGUCGCUCCCGCUCUGGGGCCGUAGGCCGGCUUCUCUCCGCGGGCUGCGGGCAAAGUGCGGGUGGCCAGGGUCGCGCGUAGAACCGCCAGUCGCGCGGCGUCUGCUGGACGCCAAAGCGUCAGGGUCGUUGUGUCGUGAAAACGACGCCGGUAGCUGUCUCCGCGACAGCAGGUGCGGCCGCUUUAGCCCCAAGCGGGCUCGGCGGCUGCCUGGCGAGUCUCGGCUCGCGUCUAUCCCUUUCCUUCCUGGCCUCGACCGCUAGCAGCGACACUGAGCCUACCGCCGGAGGGGCGGGCAAUGGCGGCCUCGACGGCUUCGCACCGGCCCAUAAAGGGGAUCCUGAAGAACAAGACCUCUACGACUUCCUCUGUGGUAGCCUCGGCCGAACCGCAGCCCGGCAAGAGCGUCGAAGAAGAACUGAGUAAAAAAUCCCAGAAGUGGGAUGAAAUGAACAUCCUGGCAACGUAUCAUCCAGCAGACAAAGACUAUGGUUUAAUGAAAAUAGAUGAACCAAGUACUCCAUACCAUGGUAUGAUAGGUGAUGAUGAAGAUGCAUUUAGUGAUUCAGAAACCACUGAAGCCCUGACACCAGAUAAGUUAGCUGAGAAAUUAGCUGCUGCUGAAGGCUCUGAGCCAAAGUAUCAGGUUCAUGAUCAAGAAAGCAGUGAAGAUGACAGUGACCUCUCACCUGAAGAACAAGAAAAAAAGCGACAGUUCGAAAUGAAAAGGAAGCUUCACUACAAUGAAGGACUGAAUAUUAAAUUAGCUAGGCAAUUAAUUUCAAAGGACCUACAUGAGGAUGAUGAAGAUGAAGAAAUGUCAGAGACUGCAGCAGGAGAAAGCAUGAAUACAGAAGAAUCAAGUCAAGGAUCUACUACAGGUGACCAGCUGCAAAACAAAUCACAGAGUUCAUAGAAGAGAUUUGUUCAACACUAAUUGUCGAUACAAAUCCUGUUACUAUACUAUACUGCUUCUUGUUCUCUACAAUUCAUGACUUAAGUACCAAAAUGCACACCAAUGUUGCCAAGAAUUAAAUAACUUUAGAGACUAAUUAGACUGAAAAUGCCUAAUUGAUAUGUAUAUUCUUGUGCCUAGUACUUCACCACAAAUACAGCAUAAUAUCAUCAGCCCCAAACUGCGUUACUUUUUUAAGAACACUGGUUAAUUUGUAUAAGAUAUUAUAUAGCUUUUUAUGCUUUAGAGGUUAAACAAUAUCUUGGGAAGGGGAGGGGAUGUAAUUUAUUUUCUUCAUUCUAGAUGUGAUAACUCAUAAAAAAAAAUUUUUAAUCAAAAUCCAAUUGAAACAACAGAUUAUAUAGGCUGCUAAAUAUUCAGUCUGAAAAGUAUUUUAACACACAUCUCAACUUGAUUUAUUUGUUUAAUGGAAAAGGAUGAUAAGAAUUACUUGCAUUAUCUGGCCUACUACCUUUAAAAUUCCUUUUGAGUUUCUUUAUGUUUCCAAGGAAAGGAUUAAACUUUUUUCUCACCAAAACUAGCUUUAUUCACAAAUAAAUUAUCAGGUUAAACUUGCACUAGUGUCUGCUCUUUUUUUGUACACUCAAUUGGCAGACUUCAGAUCAGUUUUUUUUUUAACAAAUAUAAUUCUAAUAUAGUCUCAGCAUUCCCUUUAUAUGCCUGUCUUAACCACCUGCCUUUAUUUCUUACUCCUUCCCACAUAUAUGCACACAAUAAUCCUUUACCUUUAUAAAGGAUCAUAAAGAUUGUCGUGACAUUAGGAACUCUUCCUUCUCUCACAUACUCUAUCAUUUGUUGCAUCAAUGAAAAUCUUAUUUUGACUAUCAAUGCCUAUUUUUUUCUUCAAAUACGUAGAGAAAAUAGAUUUAAUAGCAGCAGUACUAUAGACAGGAAAUACAAUUCAACUGCAGAAUUUCUACACCACUCUGAUUUACAGCUUGCUAAUUAAUUUACUAUUACUAGUUUAUUGUUUGACUUAAAUAGACCUUAAAAAUCAACCAAGGUUUUUUUGCAUGAUGAGAGAAUUGUGUGUAGCCAGUGAUGAUAUGAUAGUUCCUAAAUGUAUAGACAGAGGUAAUGCUGAACAUUUUUUAAUUUAAAACUUUAAUCUCUGCUUUAAGGGAAUAUGAUAAUGUAUACUAUGACAAAUGUACUUUAUUCUUCUAACCCAGUAAGAUUGAGAUUUUUUUGCCCCCUGAAAUGAAGUACAGUUCCUGUGUUUCUUGGUUUAGUGAUAGUUUCAUUUUUAGUCAAUUAUUUGUAUCUUAAUUUUUUGUUAGUACCCAAAGAAUCCAUUAUAUGAACAGACUUUUAAAUAAUUUCUGUAUAUUGUAUAUAUGAAAUGGCUUUUAUUGAACCGCUUAUCUUCCACAUAAAAGUUUAUGGAAAUAUCAAUAUGUCAAAAUAAAUAAAAAGUGGGAGAGCCCUG